AUGAAGGAGGCUGUGUCAGAAGCAGAUUUGUUCGCGGGUAAUGUACUGCAGGUCGCGCAGUAUAUGACGGCUUUCCAGUCCGUUUACAGAUAUCCCGACGAUCCGCCGCCAUUUUUCGUUACUCCCGAUCGUCUAGAAGAAGCUUUGCGAUUUGAUGUUUUACUGAAAAGGCGCCGAUUGAUGCAAGACGAAGCGGAAGUGUUUGAACGUCGAAAUCAGUUGGAAGCGGUUUCAGCAAAAGCCCAUCAUCGCCUACGUCGGGAACUGAACACCGUCGAAAAACAAAUCGAAAAUUGGCCAAGCAAACCAUGUCAAAUAUAUAUUCUGACGCUCCUGCAGCGAGUGCAAGUCUGGACAACGAAAGCCAUGGUACAAGACUUGCUAGUAUCGCAUAGCUCUCCGGAGGAAUUAGGGUCGCCUCCAGUUUGCUGGUCUGUGUUAUUAAACUUACCGUCAGCAACGUACGCUAACGCUGGGGUUGAUCCUCUUUCUUGUACAAAGAAACCAUGCACUCCUGAAAAAAUGUCCGAGUUUGCCAAGCUUUUCGAUCUUGUACGUGAAAAGCGUUGUGCCGAGAUCCCACACGACAAUGGCUUGUGCUCGCUGGCACUCACACCCAAUAUUUAUACUUGGCUCGAGUUUGCUCGUCUGGCAGACAUGGUCAAUCAGCUUCCCAACGAAGCCCUUCGAGCCAAAACCGCCACCAGCCCCCUCGCGCAAUUACAUUCGCAAGGAUUGCGGUCUACUACCGCCGUAAAGUUUAAGUUUCGGGCGGUCGACUUGGUUGCGCUCUGGAUUCGGGCCCAGCGUAAUACGCCUUCAAGGAGGCAUUUGACGCAAUUGUUUGAGGUCCAAGAAAUCAAACAACCAAAUGGUCAGAAGGGAUACGAGGCGACAUUUGCUGGUAAUCAUCGGUCUAUGACGCGAAGAGUGUGGUCGGAAAGUCCACUUUUAGAUCAGCUCGUAGCAUAUGCAGUACAGGAUCAGCUUUUGUGCAAAGCACAUCUGGUGGAACAGGAACUGGUACGCGAUCGUGGUACAGUACCGCUACAACGUUUGCGCAAGGGGAAUACGCAACAACGCGGUCAAAAGCGACAACGCGCGCAUCAAGAUGAUCAAGAUGAUGCGGUUGACCCGACGGUGCUCACUCAACUUUGGAGAGCCUGUCAAGCCUUCUUAUUACGAUCAUGGGCCCGUGGACACGUUUCCAUCCUUCAGGUAUUGUUUGGUUCUGUGGCCGAGCGAGACUUCAAGAAUGCUAACUCAAGUUCAACUGAAAAGGCUAGCACAGAAAAUCGCUUUUUGGGAUUAUUGCGACAAUACGGGUUGGAUUCGGGAACACUGGCUGGACUGGAAAAGUUAUUGUUGGACGGGCACUAUGACGGAUCCCAAAGAUUCGGUCAAGCCGUACUAGCAUUGCUGAAUGGGUGGAUAGAUGUGCUACGUAGCCAAGACACGAUCACGCCCGAUCUAUAUGUGAUCAUGAACGAGUGGGACGCUUGUUUUCAAGGCCCAUUUUACAAACAGGUUGACGAGCAGGGAAUUGUUGCGACGGCGCGAUCGUUCAUUGAUGAGAUAUCCGUUGACGAGUUCGACAACACCAGGGAUAUCUCACGAGCGCUUUCUCGUUUUCCUCCCCCCUGGAUAGACAAAUGCACCGUUUGUGGAUUUGAAAUUCUCGACGAGCACUUCCGUGUCUGCGCGUGCUGCGAAGGGCCGGUUCAUAGAUCGUGCUGUCGUUCAGACCGAAGCUGGAGUGUCGGAAGUUUUCUCGAGGCAUACAGUCCGCUCAAACACAUUUUUCGGAUACGUCUACCGCUUGUCAAUCCUGACUUUAGGAAGUUGAACUCAGUGAAAAUAGCAUGGACUACCAAGGUUUUGGUUUGCAGUCGGGAGUUGGGAGAAUCAGGGGAACUCCUACCUUACGGUAUGACGGUACCCAGUACUGAAAAGUGUACGAGGGUAUUGGAAAGUUUGCUUAGUGGCGAACUACGUGUCACUGAUGUUGACUCUAUGGACCUGCCGUUGGCCUGCGAUCAUCAAGGUUUGCUUGUUACGAAGGUGUCAGAUAAUGGUUGCGCUAAGAAAGCUGGUGUUGAGGUGGGGGAUGUAAUUGUGGCGAUGGAGCUGAUAGACUUGGCAGGUGCUCAAGCAGAGACAAAGUUCACUAAAUCCAAAAUUUAUACGUUGUCCCAUCUUGAGAGGCACCAGCAGCGGGCUUUAUUUCAAGAAGCUGCCACAAAAGUGAAAUUCGUCGUAAAACGUCCGAAUGCCCCGAUCGUUCUUAACAGUCAUCGAUUUCUGGCUGAGUUGCAAGCGAUGAAUUCUUCAAUGAGCGCCAUUAUUCGAGCAAAUGAAUCGAUGUGGUAUUGUGCGGAAUGCAUUUUGAGCGACGAAAGUCGAACGUUGGAAUUGGAGCACGCUCGAAUCUUGCGCGAGGCUCAUUACUGUCGCUCUCUGAUUCGCCGGCUGUCGGUUGAAGAAUGCGGCAGAACUUACUACGAUGUUCCGAUUGAAUCCGACAAGGCCGUCAAAAACAGCUCUAAAAGCGGAUUUUCAGUUUUUGUCAGUCUACGACGACUUGAACUCAUGAUGGAAAGUAUUAUUGCUCGAUACUCUGUCGACAAGUCGCUUGAGAGUAAUGAUGCUUGCUUUUUCGUUGGUUCAAAAAGACUUGAUUGGGCUCCUGAUGCAAUGGAGUCUAAGCCUCUGGAGCUCCUCUGUAGGGGGAUAGACCAUAUUGCAACUCAAACUAUCGCGAUUGAGCUAGAUUGCCAGGAGUUCCGAAGACGAGAUGGUUCAAUAUUGUUUAAAAACUUCCUGCGACUCUUCUGCUCUUGGUGUCUCGCCGGUUCUCCAGCAACACGACUCUUAGUGGCAACAAAAUGCCCCGUUUUCGCUAGCUCGCUUGCGUGGACCAAAAAUCUACGUUUCUGCUCAUUAUGUGGCGUUUGGCAGUCUGACGCUUCAGAAGAGGUUUGCUCGUAUUGUCUGCGAAUGCAGCUCUCGCCUACUCCAGAUUACCAUGACACGUUGUGUUGGUAUGAGAAAUGCUCUUCGUUGAUCGGGUCGACCAUUCUCCUCCUGCCGGGUGACCCGCUAUUAUUGUCUACUGAGGAAAGUUUGAAAGAUCUCAGCAUUUCAAUGGAGCAACAUGGGAGACCCUUUGAGCUUUUGUGCGUUGCCUUCAUACCUUCUAUUUAUGAUGACCGUGAAGACGACAAAGCUUCCCGAGACGGGGUCUUCUACCUUUUACCAGUUGCCAACACUGAACAGCUCAAGUUUCUAUUAGCAAAGUGCACCCUCCGUGAAUUCACUGUUUUUGAUGUAGACAGAUGGAAAGCAGAUGGACUUCUGGAUCUUCCAGGGGUCAUUCAACUCUCGUUCAAAGAGGUCCACUCUUCCCUCGAGAAGACGAAGCUGAUCGAAGAAGCAAUUGCGAGCAAAGUCAUAGAAAUAGCUCAAUGUUCGUUUGAAGUCGACAACACGGAUAACGCUAUCGAAAUUGCACAUACCGUACCACACGCGACGUACGCUCUUUGCCAAAACAUAAGUUGCAGCUCAUCUUCAGGAGGCAUGGAGAAUAAUUUAGCACUGAGCGUCGACAAUGUUGAAAACUGUAGCCUGCUCGCAACCAGUGCAACCUUGCAGUCCUUUGCUUGCGGAAGGAACCCAGUUUUUCUCGCGAUUCGGAAUAGCUGCAAAAGAAUCUUGGAAACAAAUGACAAUGCUACUACUGCAAACCGUUGUGAAGUCUGUUUUGACCCGUUUGAUCGCUACGAAAAAGGCAAGCGACUGUCUAGAGAAUAUAAAGAGCAAAGACUGCGUUCAGCUUUCGACGGUGGGCACGAUAGAAGUCUUUUAGAUUCUAUUCAAGAAGGCGUCGCUGUUGUCGAGGUGAAAGCCCAUCAGCAUCAGGCAGCGGUUCAAGUCUCCAGAAAGAUGGUAGAUUGCCAGAAAAACGUGACGUUUUCUCCAAAAAAUCACGGCAACCCAAAAUCGUUGCAACAAAGUCAAUUGGAACUGAUUGUGAUUGACAAUGACGAGAGUGCCACCGUAGGACAGACUCAAGAAGAGCAACCUCAGACAGGAAAUGAGCAGCGGCAGCGGCACGUCCCGGGCUCUCCGCGCAGCACUCAUGGUACUAGUGUCUUUAAAUCUAAAUUGUGCCCAUCGAAUUUUGACGUCCGAAUGUUUGCUCCUGCUUUUGUUGUUCCUCAAGAAAAUGGAAAUCUACUUACUUAUUUCUGCAUGGAUGCGCUCAAUCUUGCGUGGCAACGGCAGUCUUCACGAGAAACUUAUUUCCGAGAAUCUUUGCUGACUGCAAACGAUCUCUAUAUGCCCAUUUUUCCUCGCCUUGCUUCAGUUCUGACCAUUGCAGAGACGUCGCUACUUUUGCACUCCGCCUGCAGAGGCAUGCUCAUGUUGGGGCUUCGAAUGCUCUGUCCACGAUACGAUGUCUUGGGACUGCUCAGUGAACUCGGGCUUCUUCUAAAAUCAAAUCGCUUUAAAAUACCUGCUCUACCAAAUGAAGCAUGGUCACAGUUUCUGGCUCAGGAUUAUAAGAGGCAAGUCAAAGAAUCGGAAUAUUUCCAAGAGAGAACUGAACGAGACCAUCGACCAGUGCAGUUCUUUGAUCCGAAUUUUGAGUAUAGAAUGCCUUUUCUCAGAUUUCCUAUUGAUCGGUUUUUGGAGUCCUUCUUUCGAUGUGGUAUUGUCCCUGAACGGAUAGCUGUGGAGUUUUUCGAAUUUGACAGGGACAAUCGCGCCACAGCCAACAUAGACAGUAUUCCAAGCAGAAUUCGUGGAGGCGGAGAUGAGAUUGAGGGUCAGCCUCGCGUACCACUUCAAGCAAAGCUCCUUUCGGACAUUCCGAAAUCAAUGUGGAAUAAGACUCUGGUUUACUCGUACUGUACGACUACACUAGCAGACAAAAGCCACGGGCUUGCAAAAUUUAUCGGACAUGUUGACUUCCCGCCGAAUCUGUCGAAUCCGUCUGAGGAAGUUGAUGAAGUUCAGGUUUCUAUGUUUUUCCUCUCUAAUGUUGGGCUCUUCACGUCAAAGGUGGUUCACUCACUGCACCCGACCAUUUUGUAUAUCGCCCCAGAAUCUGGCGAAGAAGCCAAGAUAGAGUCGUCCUAUCAACAGCUUCGUCAACGGCAUUUUGCUGUGAGCCCGCUCUCAGCCGAAGAUAAAGAAAAAGAGGGACGAAAUGGCCAGUCUACCACAAAGCCACUACAAGAGCCUCUGCACUGUCAAGGGGUGGGACCGUCGAACACUACACAGCCGCCAAUUUGUGCAACAAGAAGAGCUACCAGAGACUUCACGAGCAACACAUGUGCUGAUAGCACGGAUAUUUCCGAUGCCAUUCGAGACGAGGACGCCGUUCAACUACUGCAGUCUCUUGCACUAUUCGACCGUGUGAAGCUUGGUAUCUUGCCUGACAAGAGACACAUAUACAUGUUGAUAUCCGAUCCAACAGUGAUUUAUUUGUCUAGUUUGACAAACGAGCUCGGACAUCCCGCUUUUUUGCCAAACGAUCAUCUCGUGAGGUGUCAACCGUCGGAUGAAGGUAUCGCCUCGAAAACCAGUUUCUGUCCGUGGGGAUGCCUUACCAACUCCGACUCCGGACAUGAUAGUAAAUCAUCGCUGCAAUUGGAGCCUACCGCAAUGUAUGAUCAUGUUACCUCACGUCACUCUUUCGGUAUCGGUACUAAUCAAAGAGUCGUUUCCCUCGGAGGUGAUAGAUUGUCGCGACUGGACAACGGGAAUUCUGUCACGCAGUUAUUCCAAGAAGUGACACUUGCAUCUCUUCGCGCUGCGCCUUUACUUGACAACGAAUCAUACGUACAAGAACUGAAUAUUCCCUCCACAAAUGGAACGGCUAAUGGGGUUCACCACUCUUUGGACACUAGAUGUGUAAAUUUUCGGACUUCAUUUCUUGUUAAGGCUCGUUGUGGGCAAGACGAUGUACUCAAGAAUGCUUGCGACAGUUUCAUUGUGCAACUUGUCCGCCUUGCUUGGCGGCUGUUCACAUUGUUUGAUGUCCAUGGAGAUGGAAACUUUCGAUCGAAGUCUCUUGAUUUAGAGCAGAUCACCGGUUUUUUUCGCUAUCCGAAAAUGCAAACGCUGCCGGCUGACAAAGUCGUUGCUGAUUACGAUGCCCAUCGCUGCACUGAGGAAUGCCGUACAUGCACCUUGGAGACUGAGCGCGUUGUUCUUGUCGACCAAGCUGGUACAACAUUCAGUGGCAUUGGAUGUGCUGCAUUCACUAAAAUUCGAUUUAAUCGGACCCUUGAAAGCCCUGAAAAAAACGCCGUUUUAAAGCAUCGUCUCUUGGAGCUUACCGCGAUAGUCCCUCUGUAUCUACGAAAGGAAGCAGCUCUAUGGACAGAUAAACACCUUGUUCAAUUUCGCAUCGCAAUAAGAAUGAGUCAAGAGAUCAGUACCCUCUGUCAGUCGUUUGCUGUCAUACUCAGUUCAGUGAAUUGUAGUAAGCUACCAGACUGGUGGCGGUGUGAUGGUCCAGGGUGGCUGGCAAUCCAUACAAUAUUGAACGUGGCCUCCGAAUCACACCUGUUCCUUCAUAUGCACUUGUUUGAAUUUGCAAUCUCAGAAGCAGCUGGUAUUGCUAUUACAGAGCCCUCUCCAUGUUUACAGUUUAUUGACAAGCACCUGACCGGAAAGACUUCGCAAAGCUUUUUGGAGCAGAUUGAACAUUCACUUAGGUUUGCCGGAUCGAUGGGUGUUGCUCCGUUUGUAGGCGACGAGGAUUUCGAAUGCGUAGUCUGCCAAGAUGGUGGGAGCCUAUUGUGCUGUGAAUUUUGUCCCGCUGUUUGUCAUAAGGAGUGCGCAGGACUUCGUGAUGACCCAGAGGCCUUUCUGAUUUGAAUGAGUUGCACGACGUACAUUCAAUAAAGAAAUUGAACUAAUGUAAUGUGAGAUUGAAGC